CUCGCGUACGUUUUAAAAGUGACACUGUUUUGCACUAUGGAUGAGCAUAUAUUAUUAUCUGUCCAAUAACUGUAUGACGAUAUUAUUUCCAAGUAUGUAUAACUCCACUUUUUGAGGAAGUCUGGUGCUUGUUCUUUGCUGCGAAGAUAAAAUGACCUGAAAACCCGAUCGGCAUAUUAUAGAUGAAUACGUUAGGCGCAGCUUUGUAUAGUUCUAUGUUUAUCAGAAAUCGAAUUCGAACAUAAAUAUAAAUGAACGUGGAUACAAUCAGUGUAAUGGAAGGUGUUUAUAAACGUCUAAACGCAGAAAUCGAGAAAGCUCAAGGUAUUCAAAAAGAAAUUCAGAAAUGUUUCCAAGUUCAUCGCCAGUUGUCUGCUCAACUUUCUGAAAAUGAAAAUGUUAUCGAAGACUUAGGCUAUUUAAAUGAAUCCAAUGUCAUAUACAAGCUUGUUGGUCCAGUUUUAAUCAAGCAAAAAUUAUCAGAGGCUAAAGAGACUGUCAGUAAACGUAUCAGUUACAUCACAUCUGAAAUAAAACGUCAUGAUGACAGAAUCAAAGAAUUGGAAAAGCAACAGGAGAGUUGUCGUGAACAGAUCAGUAAAUUUCAACAGAAACUUCAACAAGAACAGGCAAAAGCAGCAUUGAAGGCCCAGUAAUGUGAUAAAAUACAUAAUUUUAUAUAUGAAUAUGGUUCUUAUAAUUAUAUGCGUCGAUGGGAAAAUACUAGCACAUGCAACUUUUAGAUUUAUUGUUUUCGUGUCAAUUUCGUCUAUUGUCAUGGUAGUCUCAUAGAAAGGAAGGUAGUAGUAGACUGUUGUUGAUCAAUCUAGUAUGUAAAUGUAAAAUUUAGGCUCUAUGGUAGAAUUUAGUGCCAUUCUAGUCGGUUUGACAGGUGUAUCAUUGUAUACUAGAUUACGUCUUGCACACAAUUUUAUUGUCCAUAUUUGUACAGAGAUCAUAUAACUAAAAGUGUAGCUCCGCUGAGUUAUUCUUUUGAGGCGCUAACUCGAUGAACAGAGGUUCAGUGAUCC